AUGACUUUUGAGCAGGGUAAUUUAAUACUUCCAGCUCCUGUUCGACACAGUGGAGACCAUGGGAAGAGACUGUUUAUCAUCAAACCUUCUGGAUACUAUGACAAGCGGUUUUUGCACUUAAUGAAAUUCUACAUUUUGUUGACUGGGAUUCCAGUAGCAAUUGGAAUAACUCUGGUGAAUGUAUUCAUUGGUGAAGCUGAGUUAGCAGAAAUUCCAGAAGGCUAUAUCCCAGAACACUGGGAAUAUUUCAAGCAUCCUAUAUCAAGAUGGAUUGCCCGUACUUUCUAUGAUGGUCCUGAAAAGAACUAUGAAAAAACAAUGGCUAUCCUUCAAAUUGAAGCUGAAAAGGCUGAAUUACGGUUAAAGGAGCUGGAAGUACGAAGAUUGAUGCGCUCGAGAGGCGAUGGUCCCUGGUUUCAAUAUCCAACCAUUGAUAAAGCGCUUAUUGAUCAUUCUUCAAAAGCAUCUCCUGACAACUGAUCUUUUAUUUCUCCAUAUGCAAAGUGUAUUCUCUUUAAAGGAAAAAUAAACUGAUAAUUCUGUAUUUUUACUUUGUGUGAUGAAUAAAAGAUCCCCUUGCAUUGCUCUAUUUCUCAAUAUUGGCCCAGAAUAAGGCUUUUAUGAAUGUGUGAUUUCAGUCUUUUUUCAACUUCAUUGAGGUAUAGAUGACAAAGUUAUAAGAUAUUUAAUGUGUAUAUCAUGGUGAUCUGAUACAUGUAUCCAUUGUGAAGAGCAAAUUAAGGAUUUUAAUUUGGGGGUUUGCACUUACUCUUUUAAGAAAGUUUAAAAUAGAGUUUAAAAAAACCUCAGUGAAGUAAGCAUAUGUGAACUCCUAAAGAUAACUUUGAGAAGUUAAUGACAGAUGAAAAUAAAGAAGUCUAAUUUUGUUAAGUAUCAGGAAGAGUAACAGUUUAUACAAAUGUCUAUGGUGUAGGGCCUCCCCUGUGGCGCAGCGGUU